AUGAUCUUGACUAGACCCACUAAACAGCCUGUGGAACAGUUUCUGCUCACUCUGGAAAACCAUAGCCGACAGCCCCAGAAGAUGGAGUCACUCAUGAAGACCCAGGGUGCCUUUGCAGCCCCAAGAGCCCAGGGAAAGCCAAGACGCCCAUGGGCACAGAAAGUUCCCCCACCAGAAGAGGAGAACCCUAGGAUGAAAUGCAGAGAAUGUGGGUCCUUUGGCCACACUGAGAAAAGCAAAAGGUGCCCCAUCAAGUGUGGCCGUGUGAUCGUAAUUCCACAGCCUCACACCAAGAUGCCAGUGUUCAGUCCCGGAAUCACAAAGAAGUACAUGGUCGGCCUAGUUGAGGCUACUGCCAGAAAGCCUCCUGGGAGGCAGUUGUGCCUUGGAAACCCUGCCAAGCAAAGCUUUGAUGCCUCCUGCAUCUUACCUUCCAGGCACGAGGGAGGUCAGAACAUGGCUGUCCCUGGUGUCACCAAGCCAGUAGUAUUCAGGCAGAAUGGUAGAAACGCCGCUUCAGAAAACCUGGAUCAAAAGCUACAGCGUUUCUUGCAUCAACACCCCGCUGCUGCUGUCCCCAAAAGGAACGGAAUCGGUGAAGUGUUCCACAGGGCAUCAAAAGUCCAGGGUCCCAGUGGGAAAACCCAGCCCAGCCAGCACCCUGCCCUCCACCAGGAUACACAAAACCCCAAACUCAGCUUCUGGGCCCCACGGAACAAAGCUUCCAGGCACUUCCCAGAGCCUAGCCAGAGUGUCCGGAAAAAACCAAGAGUCAGCUCUCCCAACAGACCAGGGGAGAGCGACGCAAGGACUGUUUUGAAGGUCUUCCCAGGAAGUCCGUCACCUCCCAUUGGCAACAGACUUGAACUAAAAGCUGCAGCUGAAAUGAGCAAGGAAAUAACAGCCCAGAAGCAAAUGGCUCCUCCUGAGAGCACCGCCUUCCUGGAGGAAGGGGAGGCAGCAGGCUCCCAGGUCCCCAGGAGUGUCCUCUAUGAGGACCUUCAGGUCUCUUCCUCUUCAGAAGAUAGUGAUGGAGAGUGA